GAGUGUGCCGACCGUGAAAUCGCCCGUGAUUUCCAGCUGGCUAAAUGGCAGAACGAGCACCGAAAGGUGGAAUGGUUCAACGAUCUGGCAGAGGAAGUCCAGGACUGGCUCGAGGCGACACCAGAUGUGGACGUUGCAAGUCCUGGCCCCACCAUAAAGGCUGGCAAGAUCCUGUCCGCGGUUGCCAAGGUGGCCCGAGGAAUCAUAAAGGUCAACAACAACCAGCGGCUUAUCGGAAGGAACAGCCGUUUCGUGGCCGCCGACAACGAGGACUGCAACUCCGUUCAGCACGGCCUGGCGCGGACCUUUUGCGACCUCCACUGUGUUCGGGACGCCGUGAAGAAAGGCGACGCAGCGAUCCUCACGAGCCUGGAAGAGGGCGUUUCGGUUCUUCAGCGGGAGAUGCGCAACCUCUUCCAGGCAUACUUCCCGGACAGCUCUCAGUCGGCCAGCCUUUUGGCAGCCUCGCAGCACGAAGACUUCCAGCAGAUGCGUGCCGGGCUGGCCACGGACGUCCGUGAGAUGCGACAACUCCUCCAGCGGAACCUGCACCCCACGGCAAAGAUCGCCUCUCAGCGUGCUCUCCGGGCGUUCCAAUCCGCUGUCCAGGGAACGAGAGAGGUCGGCCAAGAACUCGGCAACAUUUCCGGGAUGCAGUUCCUCGCCGAAGAAACGGGGCGGCUGAAGGCGACACUCAAGGCAUCUGCGCGGACUCAUACGUCCUACGCGGUCACAGUGGAGCGGAGGACUGCGGCGUUCGUAGUGAGCAUGAACAAGGUCUUGCGUGCAAAGACACGAACAUUGGGAAUCUACCGCGCGGCUGCCUCGAAGAGCAGGCUGCGGCAGUCCAUUCUUUCCGAAGGCUUGCAGGACGACCUGCGCGAGCUGUCCUUCGUUGCAACGUUGAGAGCACUGGACGCCUCAUGGUGGGACUUGCGCAAAGAGCUGGACCGGUACUUGGACACCUAUGACGAGUACCUGAG